AUGAAUAGUCUGGAUGACGUAGAAAGAGUUAAAACUAGAUCUUUGAAUGUAUGUGAAAGGAUUCUAGAUUUGAAGGUAAAACGAGUUUACUGUCAUAUAUCAAAAUAAAAGAAAACAUAGCUUAUCUAAACUGUACUGAAAUAAAAAUGCAAAAUUAAGAAGGUGAGAUAUUCUAAAAAAAAUUAGAUUGCAAAAGACCUGAAUAUCAAUUAUGCUACUGCAAAAACAAUACUACAUUGCUAUAAGAAAAAAUAAAUUAAUUUAGAUGCAGAAGCUGAAAUGAAAAGAGCAUGUUAUAGUAAAAUAAACAAAGACUCAAAAAUGUAUGUUCAAAUUAAAUAAGGAGAAAAUAUCAUAAAUCAAUAUGAGUAUUUUGAUGCAAUCAAUAGAAACUCUUGA